CACAUGCGAUAAAACCGGUGACUUUUCUCGAUAGACCUCCUUCCCUUUGAUGGGAUGGCCUAUCGCCGCCACAAACAUCAACAGAAGAGCAAUCAUACUUACGAUAGCAAUAGUAGCGACACUGACUACUACUCCGAGACGGAGGACAGAAAAAAAACCUGUAUAAAAAGUACCAGCUGCCUUGGAACCCCCAAGUCUAAGCCUUGUCUAGUGAACAGGUCCAGGACACACAGCUUAGAGACAACCAGUAGUAACGAUGACGGAGAUAUCCACGUAAUGUCUGACAACGAAAGCAGUCACAGCAGGUGUAGCGUCCAGCCACGCACCAUGCUGGCUUGUGGGGGUAAUCAGGAUAGUCUUGCUAAGUCCAAGUUCAGUUUUGACCAGCGGGACAGCCUGGUGGCUGGUAUUGCCAAGCUUAACACCGGUGUUAGCAGCCCGAGGCUCGGGGAGAGACUCACAUUGGUUGUUGAUGAGACUCGAUUCAUUGUUGACCAAGAUCUUUUUAGAGCACAUCCAAACACCAUGCUUGGCAGAAUGUUCACUUCAUCCAUGGAGAACAAUCUAAUACGUCCUAAUGAGAGAGGGGAAUAUGAAGUAGCAGAUGGAAUAUCUUCUUGUGUGUUUAGAGCAAUUCUUGAGUACUACAAAACAGGGAUAAUUCGCUGCCCACCCAGUGUGACGGUGAGAGAGCUGAGGGAAGCAUGUGACUAUUUCCUUGUACCAUUUGAUGCCAGCACUGUCAAAUGUCAAAACCUGAGGGGCCUUCUUCAUGAGCUUUCCAAUGAGGGAGCCAGACAGCAGUUUGAUGCCUUUCUGGAGGAGUUGCUGCUACCACAGAUGGUACAGUGUGCCCAGAAUGGAGACAGAGAGUGUCACAUAGUGGUCCUGACUGAUGAUGAUAUUCUGGACUGGGACGAUGACUAUCCCCCACAAACACUCGGCGAGGAGUAUUCUCAGAUUGUGUACAGUACACACUUGUAUAGAUUUUUCAAGUACAUCGAGAACAGAGAUGUCGCCAAACAACUGCUGAAGGAAAGAGGGCUGAAAAAGAUCCGCCUUGGAAUUGAAGGUUACCCAACCAACAAAGAGAAGGUCAGGAAGCGGCCCGGUGGUCGACCAGAAGUGAUAUACAACUAUGUCCAAAGGCCCUUUAUCCGCAUGUCAUGGGAAAAAGAAGAAGCCAAGAGUCGCCAUGUAGAUUUCCAGUGUGUGAAAAGCAAGUCAUUAUCCAACUUAUCCUCUGUGGGGGACACAGCCCCUCCUGACCAAGGCAUUGUCCAACAGCAACAAGAUGGAAGCAUCCAUGUUAUUCCUCCCCAACCCUCCCCAUCGGAACCCUUUCCCCAGGUGCAGCUUCCUCCCGAGGGAGACGCUGAUUGAUUGAAAGGGGGCGGGGCUUGCAAAGAACUAUACCAGAUAUAUCAAACUUUUUUCCCAUAGAGCACCAAAAAUCCAAGAUGUAAACAAAAAUAAAUCUGUUUGUGUUCAUGAUAAUUUGUUUUGCAUGCCUGGCAAUUUUCUUAGUGAUUCAAAAUGUAUAAUUUUGUGAUUUGUACAUUUAUAAACUACUGUAUAUAUUUUAAUUUCUUUGGCAAUUUUAAAGUAUUUUGUGGAUAUCUGUACAGUAUCAAAAUAGAGUUAUGUGCACUAAGGGCAAAUAUUGUUUUCUAGAUAGAGAGAUAUAUGUAUUUAUUUAACAUAUCAACUGAAAUAUAAUGAUAUUAUUCUACACUUAAUGUGUGCAUGUUUAAGAAUAUCAGGUAUGGACAAAUACAAAAUCAAAACUGGAUUUCUUGUACCAAAUGUUAGUCUUAAAAGUAACAUCAAGAUGCAAGAUAUUUUUGAAAUAUAUUUUUCAUGUUCAGAUUAAAGUUGUCCAUGUAUUUAAAACUGAUGGGGGGAAAAAGAACUACAAAAAAGGAAAGAACUUUAAAUUCAGAUUGUGAAAGAUGUGAGAAUUACCUCGAAUCUUAAUUAUCAGUGAAGCAUUCAUCAGUGACAUAUACAUGUACAUGUAUGUUGAGUACAUGUAUAACUGGUUGUAAAUUUCCUAGUGCUUAAAAUGUGAGACUGACUGGGGGGUAACUCUAUGGGCUGGUAUAUUUGCUGUGCAAUUAGAAAUAUGUGUCUGGCAUACUGUUCAUUAUUAGUACAUACAUGUAUGGAAAUCAACCAGUGUGUACAGUUUUAUACUUGAUGUAAAUAUGUACACAAGGGCUGUCAUUGAUAGAUUCAAUAUCAAUAUAUUAUUGAUUCAGAUGAUGUUACUGUAAUAUUAAUACAUUUUUUGAGGAUGAAUAAUUUAUUACAUAGCAGACAUUUUAUAUAUAAAUUAACAAAAAAUUUGGAUAAUCACAGGCAGGAUUAAGGAUUUGGGUCAUAAUUACAGUUGGAGUCAGUUAAUCUAACAGGUGUGUGGUCCUGGAGAUUACACAGAUUUGUGAAUACUAAAUUGUUUAGGCUAAACGUUUGCAGUUAAAGCUCUUCAGGUCUUUUUCGUAGUAUUUCUUUUAAGGUUCAGAAUGUGGCUGAGGCAGAAUAAUUCUUGAAUCUCCCCUCCUAAUUCGGGCAUUUCUGCAUUACGGUAGUAUGGAACUGAAUUUUUUAAUGAGAUGAAAAACUGUAAGAAAGCUUCCUGAUUUUACAAGAUCCAUUAAAAUUUUGGGCAUUUUGAAUUUUUUGUGUGCUGUAUUUAUUAGGCACUGCACUUGAUUUUCAAGCACUUGUUCGAGUUCGACCGCCUUCGUGUGCCUUGCUUAAUGGCUAUGUGUAUCAAAGGAAUUGCACCUCAAGAUCUGAAAAGCAAUACUCUCUAAAGUUUGUUUUGAAUUUAUACUACCUGAUCAAAAUUGUGUAUUUUUAGUAAGAUUAUAGACUGAGCAAAAUUUUUUGCUGUAGUGAACCUAUAUACUGUUUGCUGAAGAUAAUUUGUACAUGUACUUCAUUGUAUAAUACUUCAAAAAUUUUAUUUUUCUUGGUUUUUGCAAAAAGGCAUAGUAAUUGGUCAUAUACUUUGUAAUUGGGUACAUGUAUUUGAAUACAAUAUGUCUGUGUGUGUGUUUAUAAUUUCUUUAUGUAUAGAAAAAUUGAUAUUUUUUUUUUUUACAAAUGGUACAUGUAUACCAAUAUGGAAAAUCUCAUUAAUGACAGCCCUAUUUGUAUAUUACAUGUACAUGUAAGCUUUAUUUUUGUGCAGCAAUGCCUGCCCAGAUCCAAGUAAUCUGUGUAACUUAUAACUUACAAUGAUGUUGUCAUUUAUAUGUGCUGAAAAAAUGUUUGUGUAGUUGCUCUUUCAUAUUUUCUCCAAUAACUGGCAAAUUUUGGAUGUAAACUUCUUCACAUUUAAAAGAAGUCUUAUUCUCCAAGAAUAUUCUUCAAGACAAACGCUCAUAAAUAAAAAAAAAAGUUUCUAGCAGUAAUACUUUUUAUAGGAAGAUUGAAUAAUGGGGAAAUUUGAAAUUUAAAUAGGUUCAUGAUAAUUUUUGAAAUAGUUUUUUUUAAUUUAUAUAUGGCCAUGUAGUCUUAAAGGUUAUUGGAGAAAAUAUGUUAUUAGAAAAAACCCGACCAGUUUACUGUGAUAAAAAAGUUUAUAUUUUUCUUAUUUUUCAAUUUGCAUGUGAUUAUUCAAGCAUGGUUCCUCUGAGAUGUACAAUUUUGUAUGCAAACUUUUUUCAUCAUACUGAUGGAUGUUGACUUGCUUAUCUGUGCUCAGAAAAUUAGCAUUCCUUGUUUUUUGUUCAGCUUUAGUUGUCAAAAAGUGCAUGGAUUGAAUGAGAUCUGAUAUACAUGAAAACAAGGAGUUUUUUUUUUUUUAAAGCUAAAUAAAAACUUAAACAGAUAAACAUAUUAAAGUUACUACCUCCAAAGAAGACUUAAAAGAAAUAAGUAUAUCUUAAAGGAUAAUGUUAUUUUUAGAUAUACUGGGAUACAAUUUUCCUGGCAUUUCAGUAUUCAACCACAUGAUAAUUACAUGACUAUCACAAACCAAUAAGCAUUUCAGGGUAUUGUCAAAUAGACAAGGUGGUUUUUCAGGUAGAAAGUUUUAUCUUGAUUUUGUGAAGGACAUAUAGAGUAUAAUACUGUUACACUUACUUGGAUCCGAGAUUGUGUUUUUUUUAUUCUAUUAUAUAUUUCUAUGAUGAAGCAAUGAUGAAAAUUUAAUGUUUCUGACAAAUCCAGUAAUGCACAAUAUUUAAAUUGUAAGCACUUUGGUAAUUCCGUCAGCAGCUAUAAAAUAUGUAUAUUUGAUGUCAGAAAUUACUGUAUGUUUAAAUAGCAUAUAAAUGUCUCAGUAAUUAAUUAAACAUAUCCAUCACUGUAGCCAUGAAAGUUGCUUUUUUUUGGGGGGGGGGGUAUAUU